AUGACCCCGCUACCCGUGGAUCAUCUGCCCAGUGAGACUCGGAGAUGGAGUCAAAUGCGAAAUGAGGGGAUGGGUGUUGUGAGUGAACAGAAUCUCAUGAUGCCAAAUAUCCCCGAGUUUGGGGUGUACUGGCUACCUGAGUAUGUUGUCCUGAGGCAGGUGUCCCUCCUAAGUGCAAGCAUGGGAGGACAGGUCCCAGAAAGCAGUGUGUGUCCUGGAGUGAGCCCUGGGUUUGAGUCCUGCCGGUACGGGUUCAUAGAAGGGCACGUAGUGAUCCCCCGCAUCAACCCUAACUCCAUCUGUGCCGCAAACAACACAGGGGUGUACAUCCUCACCUCCAACACUUCCCAGUAUGACACGUACUGCUUCAAUGCUUCAGCUCCGCCCGAAGAAGAUUGUACAUCAGUCACAGACCUGCCCAAUGCCUUUGACGGACCAAUUACCAUAACUAUCGUCAACCGUGAUGGCACCCGCUACACCAAGAAAGGUGAAUACAGAACUAACCCCGCAGACAUCAACUCUAACUCUAGCAACUCCACUGAGGACGAUAUGAGCAGUGGAUUCUCCAGUGAAAGAAGUACUUCAGGAGGUUACAGCAUCUUCCACACCCACCUUCCAACUGCAUACCCAACCCAAGACCAAGACAGUUUCUGGGUGUCCGACAAUCCAGAGGAAGCCCCUACUACCAGUACGGAUUCAAAUAUCAUCUCAGCAGGCUGGGAGCCAACUGAAGAAAAUGAAGAUGAAAGAGACAAACACCCCAGUUAUUCUGGAUCAGGCAUUGAUGAUGAUGAAGAUUUUGUCUCCAACACCAUGUAUAUAACUAUCAUCACAGCAGACGUAGACAGAAGUGGCAUCAGUGAUUAUGGAGAAAACUGGACCCAGGAACCACACUCUCCUCUCAUUCACCAUGAGCAUCAUGAGGAAGAGGAGACCCAGCAUUCUACAAGCACAACCCGGGCAACUUCUAAUAGUGCAAUGGAAGAAACUGCCACCCAGAAAGAACAAUGGUUUGAGAACGGAUGGCAUGGGGUAUAUCCCCAAACGCCCAGAGAAGACUCUCAUUCAACAGCAGGGACAGCUGCCUCAACCCAUGACAACCAUCCAAAUCAAAGAAUGACAACGCAGAGUCAAGAGGACAGUUCCUGGACUUAUUUCUUCGAUCCAAUCUCACACCCAAUGGGACGAGGUCAUCAAACAGAAAAAAGAAUGGAUCUGGACUCCAGCCAUAGUACAACACUUCAGCCUUCCACAGAUUCAAACACAGGUUUGGUAGAAGACUUGGACAUGAUGGGACCUCUUUCAAUGACAACUCAGUGGAGUCAUACUCAGAGGUUCUUUACAUCACAUGGAGGCUUGGAAGAAGAUAAAGACCAUCCAAUGACUUCUACUCCAACAUCUAGCAACAGGAAUGAUGGCACAGGUGAAAAUCCUCCUGAAGACUCAACUACUUCAGUAGAAGGUUAUGCUCCUCAUUUCCCAGACUCAGAGGGGUACAGGACCCCCACCCCAGUGACCCCUGCUAACACUGGGUCUCCUGAAGUUACUGAAGUCACUGUUGUUGGAAAUUCCAAUUCUGAUGUUGAUGGUUCCUUACCAGAAGACCAAGGCUCAUCCCAUGACCCCAGCGGGAGGGCCCAUACCACUCAUGGAUCUGAAUCAGCUGGACAUUCAAGUGAGAAUCGAGAAGGCGGGGCCAACACGACCUCUGGUCCUAUAAGGAAACCUCAAAUCCCAGAAUGGCUGAUCAUCCUGUCAUCCCUCCUGGCCCUGGCUUUGAUUCUCGCAGUUUGCAUCGCGGUCAACAGUCGAAGGAGGUGUGGGCAGAAGAAAAAGUUGGUGAUCAACAAUGGAAAUGGAGCUGUGGAGGAGAGGAAGGCAAGUGGACUCAAUGGGGAGGCCAGCAAGUCUCAGGAGAUGGUGCAUUUGGUGAACAAGGAGUCAACAGAGACCCCGGACCAGUUUAUGACAGCCGAUGAGACGCGGAACCUGCAGAAUGUGGACAUGAAGAUUGGGGUGUAACACCUACACCGUGACCUUGGAAAAAAAUGACACGUAACCAUUACAGGGAGCUGGGACACUUCACAGAUGCAAUGUGCUACUGAUAAUUUCAUUGGGGUUCUUUUUUAGCAUAAAAUUUUCUACUCCUUUUUGUUUUUUUGUGUUUUGUUUCUUAAAGGCAGUCCAGUUUAUAAAAACAGCAUUGCUUUCUGAAACGAGGGCCCAAUUAACAAUCGGUAAGAAUUUGACUGUUCCAGUUCCCACCUAGAAGCCUCUCACUCCCUGGGGUGUGCUAUAGAUGACUUCUAACAAAACCCAACAAAUCCAUCUUCCCAGUUGACUCCCAACCUUCCUUCCACCCCACCUCCCAGGGGACAGCCACAUGCUAAGGACAUCUCCAAGGCUAAGAGGGAUUGGUUCCUGGGAGGAAAUUUGGAUGGGUUCAUUUUGCCCCUCCAGCGGCCCAAUCCCUGGGCGUUGCUUUCCAGCGGGUAUAGGGGAUCGGGUGUACUGGUUAUACAUCCCUUUCCACAGAUCCCCUGGAAAUUUUUCAGAUGCUUCUGGGAAAUGCCCAAAGGGUGAAGCUAUUUAUCUGUAGUAAGCUAUUUAUCUGUGUUUUUGAAUUGUUAAACCCUGGAGGUCCUUUGAUCAGUAUGAUCUUUUUUUGUUUUGUUUUGUUACUUUGUCAGAGGCACAAAGGGGUUUAAGCUGAUUCGUAAUAAACAUCUGUAUUUCUUCUACUUUAA